UGUUGUUGUUAUGAAAUAUGUAGUUGAAUGACGUUUGAAAAAUUUUCACAUAGAUGUUUGCUUAUCUUUUGCUCCUCAUCUGGAGUCGAACCCAACAAUGAAUUCCCUUUUUCCUCUUUGUUUAAUUUUCUCUUUCAUUCUUCCUAAGUUUGCUUCUUCGACGGUGUUGUUUCAGGGGUUCAAUUGGGAAUCGAGUAAUAAGCAAAGUGGAUGGUACAACUCUCUCAUCAAUUUAGUUCCAGAGUUGGCUCAUGCUGGAGUUACUCAUGUUUGGUUACCACCAUCAUCUCACUCUGUUUCUCCUCAAGGUUUUAUGCCAGGAAGAUUGUAUGACUUGGAUGCUUCCAAGUUUGGGAAUCAGCAAGAACUGAAAACUCUUAUUAAGGCUUUAGGUGACUAUGGGAUCAAAUCGGUUGCUGAUAUAGUAAUAAAUCAUCGAUGUGCUGAUAAGAAAGAUAGCAGGGGAAUAUACUGCAUCUUUGAAGGAGGAACGACGGAUGACCGGCUUGAUUGGGGUCCGUCUUUAAUUUGCAAGGAUGACACACAAUAUUCUGAUGGCACGGGGAAUCUAGACACGGGUUUGGACUUUGAACCUGCCCCUGAUAUUGAUCAUCUUAAUAUCAGAGUGCAGAAAGAGUUAUCAGAUUGGAUGAAUUGGCUCAAGUCUGAAAUUGGAUUUGAUGGCUGGCGUUUCGAUUUUGUUAGGGGAUAUGCACCUAGCAUCACCAAGAUUUAUAUGGGAAACACGUCCCCGGAUUUUGCAGUUGGUGAAUUUUGGAACUCUCUUGCGUAUGGCCAGGACGGGAAACCGGACUAUAACCAGGACAAUCAUAGGAAUGAGCUAGUUGGUUGGGUUCAAAAUGGGGGUGGGGCUGUAAAAGCCUUUGAUUUCACAACCAAGGGAAUUCUUCAAGCUGCAGUUGAAGGAGAGUUAUGGAGAUUGAAGGAUUCCAAUGGAAAACCUCCUGGGAUGAUAGGUGUUUUGCCUCAAAAUGCUGUGACUUUUAUCGAUAAUCACGAUACUGGAUCGACACAAAAUAUGUGGCCUUUCCCUUCAGACAAAGUUAUGCAAGGAUAUGCAUACAUUCUCACUCAUCCAGGAAUUCCAUCACUGUUUUAUGACCAUUUCUUUGAUUGGGGCUUGAAGGAUGGAAUUUCAGCACUAAUCUCUAUUAGGAAGAGGAAUGGGAUUUGUGCAACAAGCAAUGUGCAGAUAAUGGCUUCUGAUUCUGAUCUUUAUAUAGCAAUGAUUGAUCAGAAAAUUAUUGUCAAGAUUGGGCCAAAACUUGAUCUUGGAAAUCUUAUCCCACCUGGUUAUCAGGUGGCAACUUCUGGACAAGACUAUGCUGUAUGGGAGCAAAAGACAUUCAUUUACCAUACAAAAUGUCACCAUGUACAAAACGUCACCAUGGACAAAAUGGUUCUCAGUGUUUAAUGUCAUUUGACUGAAAAUGUAAUGUAUAUCAGAAACACUUAAUGAAGGCAAAAAAUUCAAGAAAUUAUAUGCAAUUUGCGAUUAUGGUUCAUUCCAGGCAAUAACAGGACUCAACUUUAUACAAGUUUAAGUGUUUACUUGUGCACACUCAAAAUUGGAGGACAUAUAUGUGAGCUGAAGGUCAAGUUAUAUGA